CAACCUUGGAAAACACAAACUGCCCUUUUGCCCUUCGCAGAUAUGUGGAAACACAUGUAAAGAGUAUCUACCUUAGUAACACCUAGUUUCGUUAUUGCUUUAGCCAAAAAUGGAGAUCACAACCUCCCCUUCUACCUACCAACGGGCAACCGAAACCGCGAGCCACAUUCGCUCCGCCUUGCCAGAUGUCUUGCAAAAUCCUAAAGUAGCUAUCGUGUGUGGCUCUGGGCUAGGUGGUCUAGCACAGACGAUUGACCCAACCCCAAAAGUUGAGCUGGCGUACGAAAACAUACCGAAUUUCCCCAAGAGCACUGUUCAAGGCCAUGAAGGGAAAUUCGUCUUCGGGCGCUUAGGCCCUCAUCAGACUCCCGUUGCACUUCUAGUAGGACGAGCACACUUCUACGAAGGCCACACAAUGGACAUGGUCACUUUUGCAACCCGAGUUUGCAAACUCAUGGGUGUAGAAGUAAUAAUUGUUACAAAUGCAGCCGGUGGACUCAACCAAAAUUAUGCUGUUGGGGAUAUCGUGUGCUUGAAUGAUCACUUAAAUAUGGCUGGUCUUGUCGGCAUUCACCCACUGCGAGGGCCGAACCUCGACGACUUCGGUGUUCGCUUUCCACCGCUGUCAGAUGCGUAUGAUCUGGACCUGAGGGUGCGUGUCCAUAGAGCAUGGAAGACGUUAGGCCUAGACAAGCAAAAGAGACGGCUACAUGAGGGCAUUUAUGCGUUUGUUGCGGGACCAACUUAUGAGACUCGGGCUGAAUGCCGCAUGCUGCGCGGCUUUGGAGCGGAUGUUGUGGGAAUGUCCACAGUUCCAGAAAUUGUUGUCGCUAGGCACUCAGGAAUUCGGGUGUUGGCCCUCAGCUUGGUGACCAAUAGCGCAGUCCUCGAAGCGGGUCCCCUAGGGUCUGAUGAAGCGUUACAAAGCAUGACGAAAGCCGAGCUUGACGCACACUUGGGAAGAGGAAAAGCAAACCACGAAGAGGUCCUUGAGGCUGGGAGGGAGGCCGCAAAAGAUAUGCAGGCGCUUGUAAAGUUGAUAGUCUCUGAUCUCCAUGAGCUAUAAACCUGGGUAAGCAAGCCUUCGAGAUGGCCAGCGAAAGGACGUGAUGGUGCCAACGAAGGCCAUGUACAGAUAGCAAAGAAGAAGCUACUGUUCCAUCACAUGGGUGCAAGGUAUGUGGACGCCUUGAUCGUGCCAUGAGAGGUGCAAC